AUGGGCAAGGAACUCCCGGAGGCGGCAGCUGCGGGUGCCGUGCCUUCUCAUGUGACUAUCAGAACAACUCUGAAGAAGCUUCAAACCUUCACAGAGGUGAGCAAGACGAUGAAGUCACUUUACGGUACCGUGCCACACGUGAGUAGCUCUACGAACGCGCUUGCAAGCUCCUUAAAACAUCCUGACAGCAAUGGGGGGACCAAUGUGGAAGGGUCCAAGAAGUUGUUGUGCGUAUGGGACGUGGAUGACACGUUGGUGACCUCGGGAGUCCCCGGAGUUCGCCAGUGUCCCAUGUUUACCGAGAAUGAGCUGCUUAGUCUCUUUGGCAGUGGCCCUGCGAGACACCUACUACUCUCACGGGGCAGUAUUGAUGAUGUUUUUGCCUCCGGCGGAGCCGGAAAACUAGAGUUCUUGUCGCCUUUUUUCCUCUCGGGUGGAAAUCCUCUCGAUGGGCAUGUAGGCAAGGUGCAGCCGGGCUGCAGUAACCUGUUUGUGUGCUCAUCGCCGCCAAAGGUGCGGAGUUCCGGUGGUGCGGGCGCAGCAAAUAGUAAGAACCUGGUUGUUCGCAUCGCCACCAUCCGUGCUCCGCGGGAAAAUCCUAAGGAUGCGGAAAGGUUUCUUAGCGAGACGGCAGAGCCGCCGCGGUGCUCAAGCGAGGUCCGUUGGCUGGUGAUGCGGCCUUCGUUGUGGGGAAUCUCACUUGCGAGUCUUUCCAACUUCAUUGCUCCCUCAGCGCACACUGCCUUUUUUGAUGGCUCGGUGUUUCAAAAGAUGGAUAUUGUUCGGUCCCUAGCGGCGAGCGGGAUUUGGGACACCGUGUUUUUUAUAGACAAUGACUUGAAUGAGAUUGGCCUAGUACGUCCAGGGCUUAACAUUGAAGAUUACUACCGCAUGCAGAGUUUGGGAAGAUUGUCGCGUUUCUUCCAGUCGGACCUGCUGCUGCUGCAGGUGUCUGCGGAGUUGGCGAAGCGGAGACAAGGAAUGGGCCAUUCAAGCGUCAAUGAAGGACCCAUGGGGGCAUCUGCCCCCGUCAGCUCAAAAGACGGCAAAGAAAGGAGUGAAAGAGAAAGUAGGAUAAACUGUGUCAAUGCGGAGUUCCCGACUUUUCAGCUUCCAGUGGUGAUGGACCUUGGUGACAAUUCCACAUCCUCGCUGAUGACGUCGCAGCCGCCCUCCACACGCGUGGUGGAGCUCGUCGUGGCCCACUUGCACUUGGACGAGAUGCGGUACCGCCGUAUCAGGAAGGCGAGUAAUGUCACCAUUGGCGCAGACGCGAAGGAGAUGUGGCAUCCGGUAUUUAGGACAGGUCCGGCGUGCACUGACGAGGACUAUUUUGACUUGAUGGCGAACUUUGCUCUCUACGAGGACGAGGUGAAAAGUUACGGGUUGGAAGCCAAGUCUCAACUUUGGCCGGUGCCUGGGUGGGAGCCAAGCGUCGACGUCGUCACCCACGUGAUGUACGAGCGACCGACGUUCCCCCGGCGCCUCUCCCAUCAGUACCGUAACAUAUGCCACCAUAUUACGACGAACCUUAUUGAGCUGUGCGGCCCACGUCUGUCCGAGAAGCAGCAAUACGCAUUAAGGGAGGAGGCAAAUCAUCUUUACAGACAUCUCAUUCGUCGACAGCCAGUCAUUGAUCCGCUGCUCAUCGCAAACUUGGCAAACUCGUUGUUUAGCGCCUUUACUUCAGAGCAUCACCUGCCCCGGAGCCUGGGCGACACACUGAAAAAAGAAGUUUACAUGUUUUUGAAGGAGGCACAACCUGAAGAGGCGACCGUUCUACGUGGAUGCAUACGCAACUAA